AUGCUAAAAUCAGAAGCCCUUUUCUGGUGGGAAAUAAUUACGAACUUAAGGGGCGAAGAGGUUGUGGCAAGAGUGACAUGGGGUGAGUUUAAGGUAUUAUUUAAUGAGAAGUUUUGUCCUCGAACUGCGAUAAAGCAACUGGAAGAGGAAUUUUUAAGGUUGGAACAAGGAAUCAUGACAGUCCGGGAGUAUACAACAAGUUUUACAGAAAAAGCGAGGUUUGCUGAGCACUAUGUUUCGACUGAGGAAAGACGGGUAGAGCGGUACAUCUGGGGACUGAAAGCAUCCAUUCAAGAAUUUGUUCUUACUAUGAGUCCAACCACAUUUCAGGAGGCAGUAAACGCUGUGGAAAUUCGACAGAAAGAGAUGAAUCGUCAAGAUGAUGAGCGGGGCCAAAUAAAAAGAAAAUGGGAAGGUCCAAGCAAUGAAACCAAGAAGCCAAAGUUUAUGGGUUCAGAAAAGAAGACAUGGCAAGAGCAAGCUGCUAAACCAUGUCCUAAAUGCAACCGUGUGCAUAAAGGAGAAUGCAUGGUUAAGCCAAGGAUGUAUUACCAAUAUGGGAAGCCAGGACAUCUGUCUCAGGAUUGCAAGGUUGAGCGAAGGGAGCGACUAUGCUUCAUUUGUAAGUCACCCAACCAUAUACAAAAAAAUUGCCCUCAGAAGAAAAAUGAGCAUACGACAAGUCAAGGUGGAAGUCGAAAUGGAAAAAGGGAGGAAAGGCGACCUGAAGUAACUAAGUCAAAAGGAAAGCUUUCCACAUGA